CUCGCCUUUGCAAUCCGGGCAAUUCCUCUCUCUGCUUCUCCUUUUGCUUCUUCUAAGCCGAACUUCUCUUUCCCCCCUCACCUCGGGAUCUCAGCCUCCUCGCUGAACAUCACAGGGAAAUCUCUCUCUCUUAUUUGAUUCCUGCUUUGCAAAUUCUGGUGGGGCUGUGUGUGUGCGAGCGCGUGUGGGUCUUUGCUGACUUUUUAUCCCGGAGAGAUUUUGGUUGGGUUUUAUUUUCCUGCCUCGAUUCCUUCACCCUUCCAUGGGGGGGGGGCUCUUCUUUUGCUUUCAACACUUUUUUGUUUCUGUUUAAAUAAAACCUUUCUUCCUUGCCUGCAAACUUUUUGCUGUUCCAAUGUAUCACCUCUUGCGGUUUAGUUGUUUGCUACCCAGGCACCUCCAGAUCUUGUAAAUAGUGAUUUGUGGAGUGUGGAGAUUCUCUCUCUCUCUCUCUCUCUCUCUCUCUCUCUCUCUCCCACCCCACUGCCUGUACUGAGCAGAGUUGGACCUUUACUCCCUUCUCCCCAAGGACCGAAGCUCAUUUCGCUUCCCUCUGCUGUUUAACCCUCCAAGUCCUCCUCCUUUUUCUUUCUCCGCUGGACCCACCAAGGGUUGCCCUCUCCAUCUGCGGUGGUUCCUGUGUUGGACGGGGUCCUCUCAGCUGCCCAAUAUGGCGCUAGGAGGUGGUUUAGAGGUCUUCCAAGCAGAGAUGCUCACCUUCAGUUUAUGGGAUUAUGGGGUCUUUGCCUUGAUGCUCCUCAUCUCCACCAGCAUCGGCCUCUUCUAUGCCCUCUCCAAAGGAGGCCAGAAGACCUCGGAGGACUUCUUCACAGGCGGGCGGCAGAUGUCGGCCAUCCCCGUGGGCCUCUCCCUCUCCGCCAGCUUCAUGUCGGCCAUCCAGGUUCUGGGGGUCCCGGCCGAGGCCUAUCGCUAUGGGGUGAAGUUCCUGUGGAUGUGCUUGGGGCAGCUGCUGAACACACUCCUGACCGCUUACCUAUUCCUGCCGGUCUUCUACCGCCUUGGCCUCACCAGCACCUACGAGUACCUGGAAAUGAGGUUCUCCAAAGCAGUCCGCCUGUGUGGGACGAUCCAGUAUAUCAUUGCCACGAUGCUGUAUACCGGGAUUGUCAUCUAUGCUCCAGCCUUGAUCCUCAACCAAGUGACUGGGCUGGAUAUCUGGGCCUCUCUGCUCUCCACGGGGGUCAUCUGCACCUUCUACACAACCAUUGGAGGAAUGAAAGCCGUGAUCUGGACGGACGUUUUCCAAGUGGUCGUGAUGCUUUCGGGUUUUGUCGCCAUCUUGAUCCAGGGGACCAUCUUGGUGGGGAGCCCCGCACAAGUCCUGGCCAUCGCGUACAAUAACUCCCGGAUCAACUUCAACGACUUUAACCUGGAUCCUCGCAGCCGCUACACUUUUUGGACCUUCAUCUUCGGCGGGACGAUGGUCUGGCUUUCCAUGUACGGCGUGAAUCAGGCCCAGGUCCAGCGCUACGUGGCCUGCAAGACAGAGAGAGAGGCAAAAUUAGCUCUCCUUGUCAACCAGGUGGGCCUUUUCUUCAUCGUCUCCAGCGCUGUGGGCUGCGGGAUUGUCAUGUUCACCCUCUACAAGGACUGCGACCCCCUUUUGGCCGGAUAUAUCUCUGCACCUGACCAGUACAUGCCUUAUUUGGUCUUGGAUAUCUUUGAGAAAUACCCGGGGGUACCUGGACUUUUCCUGGCUUGUGCAUACAGCGGGACUCUGAGCACGGCUUCCACCAGCAUCAACGCCAUGGCCGCCGUCACCGUGGAGGACCUGAUCAAGCCAAACUUGCCUAACCUCUCCCCACGGAAGCUGACCCUCAUCUCCAAAGGGCUCUCACUGAUCUAUGGGACAUCAUGCAUCACCGUCGCAGCGCUGUCUUCGUUACUGGGAGGCGGGGUGUUGCAGGGCUCGUUCACCGUCAUGGGCGUUAUCAGUGGGCCCCUUCUGGGAGCCUUCAUCCUGGGGAUGUUUAUCCCAGCUUGCAACACCGUGGGGGUUUUGACCGGGCUUCUUGUGGGAUUCGCCCUCUCUUUCUGGGUGGCCGUGGGGGGCACUCUCUACCCGCCCAGUGCUGCCACCAUGGGGGUGCUCCCAUCCUACGGAGACUUGUGCCCGCUCUACAACGCCUCCGAGGGAGCCAACGGCACCAUCGUGCUCGGUCCGCUACCACCCCGGAACAUCACGGAAGUCGCAGACAGGUCGGCCAUUGCGGAUGACUUCUACGCCAUUUCCUACCUCUACUACGGUGCCUUGGGAACACUCACCACAGUUUUAAUCGGGGUUCUAGCCAGCUGCCUAACCGGGCCUGAGAAAAGGAGCUCAAAGAAGCCAGGCGUGCUCUGGUGGGACGUCAUGAAGCAGACUGCCAUGGUCUCCCCAGAGGGGCUGAAGAAACCUUUCACCAAGGAUACAGUGAACUCUCCCGAUCUGCAGAAGAAAGCCUUUGGCUCAGCGUCUCUGGUGCCCAGCUUCCCGGCCGAGGAGAAGACCCUGUUGGCCAAGGAGGAGAUGGCAUCAUCAGAGGCGUCCGAGGAGAACCUCUGUGUCUGCAACGCUUUUGACAGCAGCUCUUUCCACCUGCUCAGAGAGACCAACGUGUAAAGGGUUGGGCACCUUGAGGCCAGAAGCCUCCUGGACCAGCUUGACUUGGGGAAGGACCCCAUUUUGGGAGGGGUGGACCUCAUUCCACAAAGGGGUAUUUGUAGGCCUCUGGCCCAGGCUAGGCUGCAACCUCUGGAGAAAUUUGGGCAGGGCAUUCCUGGCCUGUUCUCAAAAUCUGGCCAAGUUGUGCCAACAACACGGGGCGACGUGGACCCUGGGUGGCUUCUGCUUGUCCUUUUGGAGGACACGCCUCCCCAACUGGGUCCCGUGACAAGGGAGCUGUCAAGCAACACACUCGGCAAUAGCCGAGAGAAGCCAGGCAGACAGUGAGCUUCUUCAUCAGUCCAUUUAUUAGUAUCAAACAGAAACACAGGGAGAUCCAUAAAGCGUGCUCCCUCGAGGCUUGAGUUGCUGCCCAGGGUGCCUGCUCCUCUCCCCAGAAGCUCACUUUCUCCGUAUCAACCCGUCCUGCUGCCUACGGCGGCUGCCAAGGGACCCCUUCUGUCGAUGUCUAGUUUUCUGCUCUGUGACAUGGAGGAAACACCUGGUUUGAGGUGAAGGAGGGGGAUCUAUCAGGCUCUCAAGGGACAUCGUAUCAACUGGCUCUGGUACUCUCCCUAUCACAUCCAGCUCCUGUCUCUGUUCAGGGCUGGUGCAUUGGCUAGCUCAGGGGUUCCCAACAAAAUUUUCUCGAGGACCCCUCACCGAGCCACUAUUGUGACAAGGACCCCCAUUAAUUCCUAAUCCUAAAAUUAAAAAGUGAGAGCCAAAUUAAGAGUCUUUUUAUAUUUUAUAUUUAUACGUUUUUUACAGUUCUUCCUCUUCAUCUGUAGGCCUUUGUCGUUUUAACGAACCACUUUUUAACCAACGGUCCAUUUUUAACUAUACGAACUGUAGCUUCCACGAAAAACAACGCUUUGUUUACAAACACUACUGUUUUGCAAAGAGGCAGCGCGCGUCAGGGAAGAGGGAGGGGAAUGGAGAAGACAGGGUACCUGCGCAGUAGCGCACAAAUGAAGCCGACGCGCGCAAAGCAUCUUGGGGAGGUGAGCGUUAGUAGAAUGAGCGCACUGCCUCUUUGCAAAACAGUAGUGUUUGUAAAGCACCGCCUAACGGCAUACAGCAGAACUACUGCCUCUAUCUAAUUCUAGUUUUGCGCUAGACUCUGCUCAUGCAGGAAGCAGCCAAAACAAAAAAUCUGUUAUCAUACGAAAUAUAUUUAAUAUAUUUUUUAUUCUAAUAGCAUCUUGCGGACCCCUCUGGCAUAGCUCGCGGACCCCUGGGGGUCCGCGGACCACCUGUUGGGAACCACUGGGCUAGCUCACCCCUGUUCCUUGCCUUCCAAUAUUUCCUUCUCCUUCUCCUUCUCCUCCUCUUCCUGUUUCCCACCACCAAGGAUCUGGGUGCAUACUUUCUUCUUCUGCCCCCUCCCUGGGCGCCUCUUAGGGUGGCCGUUUCCACCACUCCUCCUCAUCUAGCCCUGAUAUCUAUUUUCCAUUUUCACCUGGAAAUGGAGGAGUUUGAGACUGGUGAAGAUGAGAAAAAACAGAUGUUGCAAACUGGAAUAUUAUUAUUAUUAUUAGUUUUAUUAUUUUACCCCGCCCAUCUGACUGGGUUGCCUCAGCCACUCCGGGCGGCUGGUGUAUAUUUUGCUCUAGGAGGCUUCGUUUGAUCAGAAUCGAGUCAACACUUCCAGAGUUAACACUAAAUACAGCUCUUCUAGUUAAGGAACCACCAUAGCUGCUAGAGGGCUGUAGAAAUUUGUGUCCUGGGCUUUUUAGACUUGCCUACCCAUGUACUAGGGACGCGGGUGGCACUGUGGGUUAAACCACAGAGCCUAGGGCUUGCCGAUCAGAAGGUUGGCGGUUCGAAUUCCCGCGACGGGGUGAACUCCCGUUGCUCAGUCCCAGCUCCUGCCCACCUAGCAGUUCGAAAGCACAUCAAAGUGCAAGUAGAUAAAUAGGUACCGCUCCGGCAGGAAGGUAAACGGCAUUUCUGUGUGCUGCUCUGGUUCGCCAGAAGUGGCUUUGUCAUGCUGGCCACAUGACCCGGAAGCUGUACGCCGGCUCCUUCGGCCAGUAAAGCGAGAUGAGCGCUGCAACCCCAGAGUCGUCCGUAACUGGACCUAAUGGUCAGGGGUCCCUUUACCUUUACCCAUGUACUAUCAGAAACUAAAGGGGUGCCUUGGUUGCCAGAUGUGAGAUACCUUGGGCAUUAUUUCCAGCUCACCUGCCCCCACCAUCCUUGCCACUUCUCAGGGCCUUCUGCAUAGUUUUCUUUUGGACCUUGAUCCUCCUCCUGCUUGCCUCCACCUGUUAUGGAAAAGCCACUCUGUACAUGCUCAGAGGGCCAAAGCUUAGGCUGGAGGAUGGGAAUCAAGUGUGGCUUGGCCCCUGCUGUGCUCUCUCCUCCAUAUUCUGUCCCAUGUUGGACGUCCUCCUGUCGGAGGGCCUGGGUUGAAUGGGUGGCGUUACUCAGAGGGUGUAUGUUCCUAUCUAUGCAUAUAAAGAUAUAUAUUCAGUCUGCUCUGGCUUCUAAUGAUCAAAGGACUCUGGUGUUGUACCAAUGGAGGGGGGGAAUGCUCGGCAUGAAAUAAAGAGAAUGAUGUACAAAAGCCAAUGCUAAUUCUGUGUUUGGAAUGACAAAUUCAGAAGGGAACGGAUACAUAUGCCUGUGGCCAAAAUUAGGAUGUUGCAUAAGGUGUGA